UUAAAAUACAAUCAUCAGUGACAAGCAUGGCGUUCAGAGACAAGGUCGUUCUAGUGACCGGCGGGAGCUCAGGCAUUGGCAAAGCCAUAGCCAUACAUUUCUCUAAAGAAAAAGCUAAAGUAGUCAUCAUUGGUCGUACUAAAGCGACUAUAGAUGCAGUGAAGGAUAUUUGUACGGCGAACAGCGGGAAUGAAGCUCUGGGGAUACAAGCGGACGUCAGCAAGGAUGCUGAUGUUGAAAUGAUUGUCAAUAAAGUCUCUGGAACAUAUGGAAGACUGGAUGUAUUGGUGAACAAUGCUGGGGUGUUCAUAUCUGAUGACAUCUUUACGGCUACUAUGGAAAACUUCGACGCGCAUAUAAAUACGAAUCUGAGAGGGACUUUUAACCUGACGAGGCUGUUUGUUCCACUUCUUAUCAAGUCACAGGGUAAUGUCAUCAACAUAUCCGGCGUGGAAGCGGUCAAGUACUGGGAAGGGCUACUGACUGACAGCCUGUCAAAGGUGGCUAUACAGCAUUUGACAAAGUAUGUCGCUUACGAACUGGGGCCGAAGAAAGUUCGCUCUAACUCUGUAGCUCUAGGCUAUGUCACGGGCACGAAGAUUAUAGAGAGAGCGAAUAUAGGCAAGACUUAAUAUUUAUUACCUAUUAUUACUGAUUAAAAUGCAAUCUG